GGAUACGAGAAGCUGGACCUGUCUGCAGACACCACUCCCAUACUCCAGAUUCGGAGGCUCAUUUAUGACAGAAGCCUGUUUCCCCAGCUGACAGCUCGGAGCUGACACUGCAGGACCCAGGGAGCCCUGCCAACUUCUCUGACCGACGUCUGCCAGUUCAACAGCGACUGACCCACUCGGGUUCAGGGAUUUACACAGACUUGUGACUCUGCAGCUCCUGAAAGGCCCCUAGACCCUGUCUCUUGGUGCAGUCCAAGACCUCCAUUCUCAUGGAGCCCUCGAUCCCACAGAAUAUUGUCCCUUUGGCUCCCAGCUCAGUCAUGGUGCGACCUCAACUUGAUAGCCAGGUGCCCCACAGCCAGCUCCAACACCCAGGCACCAUCUUACCCAUUGACCAGAUGAAGCCCAGCCAUGCGAAGAAUGACUACAUAGACAACCCUAACCUGGCCCCUGCCGUGGGUCCCAAGCAGACCCGGGGUAGGGCCCCAGAGCUGCGUCCUACACCUGCCUGCUGUGACGAGGAUGUUACUCACCACUGGGUCUCCUUCAGCAGCGGCAACACUUCCUUAGACCAGAGGCUCCUAGACCAUGUGGCUUCACCAACUGUAGCUGAGCAGGCUUCACCCAGGGUUGUGCGCCUCCAGCCCAAGGUGGUCCACCGUAAUCCACCUGACCUCAAGGGCCCAGCAACUCCACCAGAGCUAGACAAGCACGUCUUGCUGUGUGAGGCCUGUGGGAAGUGUAAGUGCAAGGAAUGUACGUCCCCUCAGACGUUGCCCUCCUGCUGGGUCUGCAACCAGGAAUGCCAGUGCUCUGCCAAAACCCUGGUCAACUACGGCACGUGCAUGUGCGUGGUGAAGGGCGUCUUCUACCACUGCACUAAUGAUGAUGAUGAGGGCUCCAGCGCUGACCAUCCCUGCUCCUGCUCCCACUCCAACUGCGGUGCCCGCUGGUCCUUCAUGGGUGCCCUCUCUUUGGUGCUGCCCUGUCUGCUGUGUUACCUGCCAGCCACAGGCUGUGUCAAGCUGGCCCAGCGUGGCUAUGACCGCCUGAGACGUCCUGGUUGCCGUUGCAAGCAUACGAACAGCGACAUCCGCGAGGAGGCCAGUGGGGACACCAAGGCCAGCAGGUCCGACAAGCCUUUCUGACACUUUGAAUGAAAACUCAGCACCGCCUUUGGAAACGUGGUCCCUCCUGCCCAUCUCCUGAGGCUGACCUUGCUCACCUGCCCUCUCCUGUCCUAAACCCUAGACUGGGAAGAAGCAGUCAGAGAAUGCCACCACCCAAUCUUGAGUCCCCCAAAAGAUGAAGAUGUACU